AUGGGCCUCCUCCAGCUGCUGGCCGCAAAGCAAGGCAAGAGCCUGACUGCUGCGGAAUUGGCCAAUGCCUCGGGAUACGAUGAGCUCUUCAUAGCUCGCGUCAUGCGAAUUAUGACCGCGAUUGGCUUCGCCGACGAGACAGGAUACCAAACCUACACAGCAAACGCUAAGACGGUCUGCCAAAGCGAUCCAGGCUCGGCAGGAGGUCUGAUUCUGUCCAAUGAGAUGAUAUACCCAUUAGCAAGCAAAAUGCGACAGUACCUCCGACAAAACAAGCCCUGUAACAUUAGCCAGACGCCCCCGGCAUACGACUUCGCCAUGGGCGAGACCGUCUGGGAGACCCUCAAGAAGGACGCCGAAUGGAAAAAGGGGUUCGACGAUAACAUGACCGCUCGCAACAAAAUGCUGUCGAUCCCCUGGCAUGUAAAGUAUCCGGCCAAAGAGCGGCUAGUCGCUUCGCGGCAAGUCGAUGCAAGGCCUGUUGUUAUCGUCGAUAUCGGCGGCAAUCAGGGUGUCGAUCUGCAGCGUUUUGCCGACAGCUUUCCCGACUUGGACUGUGAACUGAUCCUGCAGGAUCUGCCGGAGACUCUGAAGGGGAUCCCGGGGCCGCUGGAUCCGAGGAUCAAGCCUACAGUGUACGAUUUCUUUACUGAGCAGCCUGUGAAGGGAGCCGAUAUCUACUACCUCAAAUCCGUCCUCCACGACUGGGACGACAUCGCCGCCCGAAAGAUCCUUUCCAACACCGCCAAAGCAAUGGCGCCUCACUCGCGCCUCCUGAUCAACGAGAUAGUCCUCGCAGACACGAACGAGACUCUCGUGAGGGCAGACAUGGACAUGCUGAUGCUGUUCCUGUCCAACGGCAUGGAGCGGACGUAUACGCAGUGGAAGGAGUUGUUGGCCAGGGUGGAGCCGCCUUUGAGGCUCGUGGAGGUCUGGUCGGUGCCGGUGGAUCAGCAGAGUGUUAUUGAGGCUUGUCUUGCGAGUAGAUGA